AUGAGAUCGAUCCAAGUCAAAGUGGAAAAGACAACUUAUGCCCAUAAAAAGAUGGCCUAUAAAACGGACGGAACGGUCGAAAUAAUUUCCAUUAAUCAAUCCACAUAUCCUACUAAACCCAAACACAACACAAAGACAAUGGUCAAAGCAAUUACAGUUCAUAAACACGGUGGCCCUGAGGUCUUGAAAUGGGAAGACAUACAAGUCCGAGUUCCAAAAGAGGGAGAGAUCAGGUUGAAGCAAAAGGCAAUUGGUCUAAAUUUUUUGGAUGUGUAUAUGCGUCAAGGUCUGCACAAUCGUGCUCCACCCUUGCCAUAUAUUCCAGGCAUGGAAGGCGCUGGAGUUAUAACAGCUGUAGGUCCAGGAGUAACAAGCUGCAAAGUUGGAGAUGUUGUAGCGUACGCUAGCUUGCAGGUCGGUUCUUAUGCCCAAGAGAGAAUACUUCGGGCAGAUCAAGUAGUGCCUGUUCCUUCUUCUGUUGAUCCCGUUGAAGCAGCUGCCGUCAUUUUCAAAGGACUCACUGCACAUGUAUUGCUGCAUAAAGGCUUUAAGGUUGAACGUGGACAUACGAUCCUGGUACAUGCAGCAGCAGGUGGGGUCGGAAAUUUAGUUUGUCAAUGGGCGAGUGCGAUUGGAGCCACGGUUAUCGGAACAGUGUCGACUAAGCAGAAGGCUUUACAGGCCAAAGAAGAUGGAUGUCACCAUGUGAUUCUUCUCAAAGAUGAGAACUUUGUGGAUUGUGUGAUGGAGAUAACAUCGGGCAAAGGGGUGGAAGUAGUCUACGAUUCUGUUGGGAAAGACACCUUUGAUGGAUCAAUAGCUUGCUUAAAGAAACGUGGAUACAUGGUGCUUUUCGGGAUGGCGUCAGGUGAACCACAACCGUUGUCUGUUGCUCAACUUGCGUCCAAAUCCUUCUACUAUACGUUUUCAUCAGUUGGGGAAUACACAGAAGAUAAUCGAGAGGAGUUGCUUUUAGCUGCUGAAGAGUUGUUUGAUAAUGUUGCAAGGGGUGUGUUGAGGGUUCGUGUUAAUCACAAGUAUCUUCUGUCUCAAGCAAGCCAAGCUCAUAUUGCUAUUGAGAGUCGAAAAACAUCGGGUUCGGUUGUCUUAAUCCCAGACGAGGAGUGAUAUCAAGU